AUGGAUUUUUUAUCGCUUUAUGAGCUUAGGAGUCCGUACCUGUUUUCGUAUCUUCUCCUUUUCUUAGCCGUUGCAAUCAUCGCCGUAGUUGUCUACCGACUUACCUUCCACCCGCUUGCUCGUUUCCCUGGGCCUGUCUUGGCUGCUUCUACAGGAUUAUACGAAGCGUAUUAUCAGUGUAUCAAGGAUGGCGGCGGGAGAUACUGGGUUGAGAUCGAGAAGAUGCACCGGCGUUAUGGUCCCAUCGUUCGCAUAAACCCGCGGGAAGUACACAUCGCGGACCCAAACUGGAACGCCGUAUACAAAUACUCGGCGAAGGCGUCGAAGCCGCGAUGGUUCUACUUCCGCUUCUUCGGCAAGUUCCCGAGCACCAACGUCGCCGAAUCGCAUGCGCUGCACCAGCUUCGCCGGGGGCCGUUGCAGGUAUAUUUCGCCUCCACCAACAUCCAGCAGUAUAUGCCCACGAUCGUGGCCCAAGUCGAUAAGCUCUGUGCCCGCCUCCGUGCCGCCGACGGCUGCGUCGUUAGCUUAAGCGAUGCAUUCCGGUGCCUCGCCACCGACGUAGCGACCGGGUUCGCAUUCGGCGCCCCCUUUGGCCAUCUCGACGAGCCGACGUUCGAUCGAGAGUUCAACCUCGCGGUCAAGAUGGUCGUGCGUACCAGCAUGUGGAGUCGGCAUACCUUCGGGCUGCUGUUGCCAAUGCUACAUGGUCUGCCAGAGAGUAUCGCGAAGAAGAUGAAUCCGGCCUUCGGAAGGGUGAAGUGGAUGAGAGAUACUAUGACCAAUUGCGUCCGGCGCUCGAUGAACAAGCCCGAGCCCGCGCCUGGCACGCCCCAUGACAUGAUCCAGACGCUUAUGUCGUCGAACCUGCCGCCGGAGGAAAAGACGUUCCAGCGCCUCUUCUCCGAGACCCGGUCCGUCAUCAUGGCUGGCACCGAGACGACCGCCACCACGCUCGUCUGCAUCACGAGAAACCUGCUCAGCGACCCGGCGAAGCUCCAAAAGCUGCGGGCGGAGUUGGACGCCGCCGAGAAGACCAAGGGAGGCCCGCUCGAGUAUCUGGACCUGCGCGAGCUCCCGUAUAUCACGGGCGUCGUCAACGAAGGCCUGCGCAUGGCCAAUCCGACGCCGAGCCGCCUGCCGAGGGUCUGCGAGGACCAGGACCUAAAGUACAAGCAAUAUGUUAUUCCUAAAGCCACAACCAUAUCGACCACGACCCAAGACACCCACAACGACGCCUCCGUAUUUACGCGACCGUUCGAAUUCAUCCCCGAGCGCUGGGCGGACUCGGACGAGCGGCGACGACUGGGGCGGUACCUGCAGCCGUGGGGGCGCGGCACGAGGCUGUGUCUGGGCAUGGAGCUCGCGAUGACCGAUCUGUACCUCGCCGUGUCGCGGCUCUUCGGGCCGCGCGCGGGCUUCGAUAUGCGGCUGUGGGACACCGUAGACGACGACUGGGUCGCGUACCACGAGUGGUUCGCCGCGUUUCCGAGGGGGCGCGGGCUUAGGGUUAAGCUUGAGUUCGAGUUUGGGCACGGGAAGACGGCUAUGAAGGGUGGAUGUACGAGCAAAAUGGAUAUCAAGACUGGGAGAUGGCGGUCAGAGCUUAAAGAAGCUCGCUGA